GUAAAAUGUUUUUUUUUUUUGAGUGAAAUUUUAUUCAAGAUGAUGAGCUUUGAAGGUUCAGUGAGAAUUCCGAAGUCGCUGAUUCCUAUAUAGACUCAUGUCUGUUAUGUAGCUUUCCAAACUUGGAAGAAGGAUUGGAUCCCGUUCAAUUCUCACCUUUUUCAAAUGACUGAUUCUGUUGCCUUUCUAGCCAAGGGGAACAAGUGUUAAAGAGCGGAAUCUGGACGAAUGAUCUGUAGAUCUCCGCAUACUAUUGGUCUAGCCUCUGAGGGCUCCAUCGGGACGGUGUCACUCGCAGUGAGGUUUGGUGUCCCAUUUCGACUCGACGAGUCACGACUCCGGGCCCACAGAUGGGAUUCCACAGGACUACUGCCGCAGGUUGGACGCCAGGGAUGCUGGACUAGCAACCCAACACCACAAACUGCGGUUAUUCUGUCGGCUAGAAGUGACAUGCAGCGUGGGGACUGAACGCGGAAGGACUUCCGGUGUCGGAAAGAGUGGAAGGCAGGUGGGCGGGACUUCCGGCGGUGAGGGGAAUGGAGUAGUGGAUUAGGAUUGGACUUCCGGUUGCCUGGUCGUGUGGCAAGGCGGGGACUUCCGGCAGAGACGGAAGUGCGGGGAGACGGGCUGCCGGUGGUGGGGCAGCUUUAGGUAGAGACACGGUGUCCUGCACCCCCGCCGUGCCUCCCGGGCGCCACGUAGCUGGCAACCGACGGGCGGCAGCUCACGGCCUGGCCGGCACUGGGCGGAGGAGGCGUGACAGCUUAUUGCAGGAGUGACCAGGACAUCACCUUCUAGAAGUAAUGCCCACAGAAAGCGGGAGUUGUUCAACUGCUCGCCAAGCAAAACAGAAACGCAAAUCUCAUAGCCUUUCUAUACGAAGAACAAACAGCUCAGAGCAGGAGAGGCCGAGAGAAAUGUUAGAAGGACAAGAUUCUAAACUGCCUUCCUCAGUUCGCAGUACACUUUUGGAACUGUUUGGUCAAAUAGAGAGAGAAUUUGAAAACCUUUAUAUUGAAAACUUAGAAUUGCGUCGAGAAAUCGAAACUCUUAAUGAACGUUUAGCUGCUGAAGGACAAGCGAUCGAUGGGGCAGAACUGAGUAAGGGCCAGCUCAAAACAAAAGCCAGUCAUAGUACCAGCCAGCUUUCCCAGAAACUGAAGACCACAUACAAAGCCUCCACCAGCAAGAUUGUCUCCAGCUUCAAGACCACCACAUCAAGGGCUGUGUGCCAGCUCGUGAAGGAGUACAUUGGCCACAGGGAUGGCAUCUGGGAUGUCAGUGUGGCCAGGACACAGCCUGUGGUGCUGGGUACAGCAUCUGCGGAUCACACCGCUUUGUUGUGGAGCAUUGAGACAGGGAGGUGCCUAGUUAAAUACACAGGCCAUGUGGGCUCAGUAAAUUCUAUAAAAUUUCAUCCAUCAGAGCAGUUGGCUCUCACUGCUUCGGGAGACCAGACUGCUCACAUUUGGAGAUACGCGGUUCAACUGCCGACACCUCAGCCCAUUGCUGACACUAGUCAGCAGAUCUGUGGCGAGGAUGAAGUAGAAUGUUCUGAUAAAGAUGAGCCGGACUUAGAUGGAGAUGUGUCCAGUGACUGUCCUACCAUUCGGGUGCCGCUGACAUCGCUUAAGAGCCAUCAAGGAGUGGUCAUAGCAGCUGACUGGCUGGUUGGGGGGAAGCAGGCGGUGACGGCCUCUUGGGACAGAACAGCAAAUCUGUAUGAUGUGGAGACAUCAGAGCUUGUUCACUCUCUGACAGGCCAUGACCAGGAGCUAACACACUGUUGCACACACCCUACCCAGAGGCUUGUGGUGACCUCCUCCCGAGACACAACUUUCCGUCUUUGGGAUUUCAGGGACCCCUCCAUCCACUCCGUGAAUGUUUUCCAAGGCCACACAGAUACUGUGACCUCUGCCGUCUUUACCGUUGGAGAUAAUGUUGUUUCAGGCAGUGAUGAUCGCACUGUGAAGGUCUGGGAUUUAAAGAAUAUGAGGUCCCCCAUUGCAACUAUUCGUACAGACUCUGCCAUCAACAGGAUCAAUGUAUGUGUGGGCCAGAAAAUCAUUGCCCUUCCACAUGACAACCGACAAGUGAGAUUGUUUGAUAUGUCAGGCGUGAGGCUAGCGCGGCUUCCCCGCAGUAGUCGACAGGGCCACAGAAGAAUGGUGUGCUGCUCGGCCUGGAGUGAAGACCACCCCAUGUGCAAUCUGUUCACCUGUGGGUUUGACAGGCAAGCCAUUGGCUGGAACAUCAACAUUCCUGCAUUGUUACAAGAAAAAUGAGGUCGCCAGCAUUCCUUAGUUUUAUAGUUUGCUAUAGACCUUGUGACUGGUGCCGGCUUUUCUCAUACUGAUCAGCCAUUUUUUGUGUGCUUUUACCCUCAGAAGGGUGAUUUGUGUAUGUUCUUUUCACAUUGUACCAAGCUUGCAUGAAUGUACAGAAAAUGUGUGGUCAUGUUUUUUAUUUUUCUCUUGUAUAUGUUGGCAUCCUCUGGUCAGUAGAAAUGAAGCCCCUCUCCCUACAUAGCACCUUGCGUGUUUUAAGUUACUGGCAUUUGACAGAUGACAGGAGGGCAUUACAUUUGUGUGAGUUAAAUGUGAACCUGUGUACUUAGUCUGUUGCAUUUCUGGAAUAAUACAUACCUACCUUGUACUGGGCAGGUUGCAGAGCUGUGUUUGUGUAGGCUUGAUAAAUGGCAGGAAAGAGCAAAAAUUUUAUGUUUACUUCUCUAUGAGGUUUCAGCAUGUGCUAUCAUGAAUCCAGCUUCAACUAUACAUUCUAUUUCAGUUCAGUAUAAUUAGCUGGGUUUUAGAAGACAAGAAAAUAGCAUAGAAUGUUGAACUAUAACAUUGGGGAAUUUCUUGUGAAAAGAAAAAGGUUCUGCUCUUUUAUAGAAAAUCAUUUCAAUCUCCUGAAAUUUCAUGAGCAAAUUCUAAAAUAGAAUGAUUCUAAUCACUGAUUUCAGAUAUUAAGCAAAAUUUAAAGCACUUUAGUUUAUAGUUAGGGUUAUAAACAGUUUUUAGAAGUUUCAAAUGACUUAUCCAUUGAAUGUGACUUGACCUUUUUAAGAAGGCCCUGCUACCUGAAAACAAAACCUUAUUUAUUUUCUACACCCUUUGGUUUGCAUAUUUCUAAAUGGGUUCACUUCGUUGGUGGUAUGUGAGAGCCAACAAUGCAAAUAAAUGAGUACUACCUCAAAAAUAAAUGCAUUUGGAAAACUUGGGAGUCUCACUGUUGCCUAGCUAAAGCACUUUUGACUGAUAGCUGGAAUACUGAAUUCAAUUCAGGAGGCAAGAAAGACAAUCAUGGCAAACCUGUCCUGAAAAUAAAAGGUUCUUUGGUUAGGUUGACAAGGGGCUAGCCAAAACAAUGGCUUGCAGGUAACAAGAUGCUUUUGUCUCAGCAGCCAGGACACCUCUCAGUGCCAAUCCUCCCACUGCCAGAGUGAGCCUGUCACUCUUGCCUUCUUAGGAGUUUCUGUCAUCUGGUAUUUGUAAGUUCAUGUUUCUUAGUAAGUUACAGUUUUGAUAGACAUCUCAGUAUACUUCCUCCCCAUAUUUUUAAUCUUUUGACUAUGUUCGCUUGGAGACUGACCGUGUAGAAAAAAUGGUCCUGGGUGACCCCUGUUCUCUGUUUCCUGUUAGUGCUGGCAGGAGGACUGGCUGGCACCUGCUAGAGUGCCUUUGGUGUGUGGUAUGUGAGUAGAGUGGGAAGGAUGUCCUUGUCUGCACUGACCCAAGAGUGGACACAUCUCAUAGUGGCCCUGUGUGCAAGUUCUGCAGUAGCUAAUCUUAGGAACUUAAGUUAUGUGCCAUUGGAAUAAUGCCAUUUUGAAAUGAUUCAUACAGGCCUUUUUGGGAGGGAGGGGCCAGGAAAAUCCAUUAAUGAUGUAAUAGGAAUUGUAGUUGCUGCUAAAGAACAAAUAGCAAAUUUCUUAGAGCAACUUUAAUUUUAAAACUCAAGAGCUUGUGUUUUAAGCGCAUAUUUCUCCUGGCCCCACUGACAAAGAAGUUAGGCACUGGGUGUGCCCCGAGUAGUGCGCACAGUGUCUGAUUGUCGUGGCGCUACACCCCAAAGAUAUAGGCACCAUGGCUUCUGAAGGAUAAGUUGCACAGCCACACUUGGGUUCCUUUUUGUGUUUCAAUUUGAAUGUCUGGGUGUCUUAGAAUCAUUGUUAGAAGCAUUACAAAUUGUAUACAACUAUCUAAAUCAAACGUAAAGCACCAGAUGUCUGCCAGAUAAAAAUUUGAAGUUUAAAAAAUGUGUAUUUGUGAUAGCCAUUUAGUUUUGUACAGAUGAACAUGCUUUAUGGCCAGCAGCUACCCACCUUCCCUCACUGAUUGGGGGAAGCGACAUUCUUACUGUCUCUAUUUGGUGGUAGACUUCAUGGUGCUCGAACAAGUUCUCAGGAGCAGGAUAUGAUACUGCCGAUGGACACCACAUGGUCCCCUGACGUGAUUCCAUCUAGCUGCUCUGUGCCUUGUGCUGGUGUUCUCAGGAGUCAUGAAGGAGAUUGGGGCUAGUGAGUGCAUGUAUAUGCGAGUCUGUGUGUGUGUUCUAGUGUGUAGCUGAAAUUGAGUCAUGUGAUCAGUCACAUGUGAUUUCAUCUGAAAUAGUGCUUGAAAAUGGAAACAGUUUUGUUAAAUGCUGAUGUGUCCAGAAUUUCAUUUAAUAAUGGAAGGAAAAUAUGUGGUCACUAAAAAUGUGUGUUGAUAGAGAAUGCAUAAGAGAUGUGUUGAUGGACAAAGCAACACUUUCUCAACCACUGCACAUUCAUUUCUGUAGAGUCCAAAAUUCUUGUACAUAGUUUGGAAUUUUGAAGAAUCCUGUGUAAAUCAUUUGUUACUUAAAUCUGUGAAAAAUGUUUUUCUUUGGGGGGAAUGUAUGUAUUUGUAAGUGUUACGUGGAAGCAAGUGUUUUUAUUGUAUUGAUGUAAUUGUUUUUAAGUGUUUGAUGUCUUUAUUGCAAUAUGAUAUUCAUUAAAAACCAUGUU